UCGAUAAACCCUACAAAAAAUGGUUCUGGUCUCUGUCGUCAGAUUUUAAAAAAAUUAAAUCAAUUUUAAAAGCAGAACGACGACUUUCGAGGAAUUUUAUAAUGAAAAAAGGGAGCAGAUACUACGAAAACUCACUUUUUCUCAUUCCAACUGGGUUUUAAUUUCAUACUUUAUGGAAAAAAAGCAUUGGGUUUAAGCAGUGAAGAAUUGGAGAUGUCACCUGACGGAGAACUUGUUCCGGUGGAUUCAUCGGCGGUAGUCUCGGCGAAGAGGAAGAUACCUCAGUUAUCAAGGAGUUGGAUUUCCAUAGACGCGUCAGGGCAAAAAACUGUGCUUGACGUUGACAAACACGUGAUUAUGCAUCGUGUUCAGAUCCACGCUCGUGAUCUUCGGAUCCUUGAUCCAAAUCUAUUUUACCCAUCUGCUAUUCUGGGUCGAGAAAGAGCCAUUGUUCUUAACUUAGAGCAUAUUAAGGCGAUUAUCACUGCCGAAGAGGUUUUGAUUCGGGAUUCUUCAGAUGAAAAUGUUAUUCCUGUCCUGGAGGAGUUUCAGAGAAGAUUGCCUGUAGGCAACGAGGCACAUGGUGGUCACGGAGAUGGUGAUGUGGGUGAAGAAGAUGAAUCCCCGUUUGAAUUUCGGGCGCUAGAGGUGGCUUUGGAAGCUAUUUGUAGUUUUCUAGCUGCAAGGACAACAGAACUAGAGAAGUCUGCUUAUCCUGCUUUGGAUGAACUUACCUUGAAGAUAAGUAGCCGUAACUUGGAAAGGGUUCGUAAAUUGAAGAGUGCCAUGACCCGAUUGACAGCUCGGGUCCAAAAGGUAAGGGAUGAGCUUGAACAGUUGUUGGAUGAUGACGGUGAUAUGGCUGAUCUCUACCUUACAAGGAAAUUUGUUGGUGCAUCUUCAUCGAUCAGCGUUUCAGAUGAACCCAUUUGGUAUCCUACGUCCCCAACAAUAGGUUCUAAGAUUUCCAGAGCAAGUAGAGUAAGUUUAGCCACGGUUCGUGGGGACGAUGAAAAUGAUGUUGAAGAGGUUGAGAUGUUGCUUGAGGCAUACUUCAUGCAAAUUGACAGCACUUUGAACAAAUUAACCGAGCUACGCGAGUAUAUUGAUGACACAGAGGAUUACAUUAACAUCCAGUUAGACAAUCAUCGAAAUCAGCUGAUUCAGUUAGAGCUAAUGUUAAGCUCUGGAACCGUUUGUGUAUCAAUGUACUCAAUGGUCGCCGGAAUAUUCGGCAUGAACAUUCCCUACACAUGGAACCACGACCAUGGAUACAUUUUCAAAUGGGUGGUAAGUCUCACGGGAACAUUUUGCGCAGUCUUGUUCGUGAUUAUACUGUCGUACGCUCGGUUUAGAGGCCUCAUCGGAUCUUAAUGACAAGACAAGAGAGGACAAUUGGUACAGAUUUAUAACAAAGAAUGUGAGAGCAGAUCUUGUUUUUGGGGGGCCUCUUCUCGCCAGCAAUUUCGUUACUAGUGAUGGGAUUGUAUUUUGUACUGUGUGACUACAUUUUGUAUUGAAUAUGCAACUUGAUGAUACCAAACCCAAACCAAAAAAUACGAAUUUGUUACA